GAGGCAACGAUGUCUUUAGCACUAUUGCAGGUGGCCAACUCCUUCCUUUUGCCACCUGUUCAUUGAUUCUGUACACUUUAGAAAGGCUGGUGGAUGGGAGGGUAGCCUGUUCAAAUCCUGCCAGCCAGAUCACGGUAUUUCACAUUGGCGGGCUCUCAUACCCCUGAGGAAUGAGCUGAGCGGUUGAGAAUAGCCGGGCUGUGUGGGAAGGUGUCAUUGAAGGAGCCUAAUAGACCCCUGGAGACCUGGGACCAGAGUCACAGUUCCUUCUCUCCUUGUCAUGCACAUGUUUGAAGCCCUUUUCUUGAGAAGUGUAUAUUUGGGCCUGGUACUUGCUGGGGUUGCAGAGUCAUGGUUGCUGUGAACCCAAAAGUUUGCUUUCCUUUGGCGUGGGACCCCUGAGGCUGGCUGUUUCUGAAGAACAGGGAGAAGCAAAAGGGACAGUUGAGAAAGGGCGGGCCAAGUCCAAGGUUCUGGAGCGCCAGACCAGGCUGGAAGCAGCGGUUGCUGCAAGAGGAACGAGGGAACCGCGAUGGAGGGAAACGAUCCAGAUCCCUGGGACUUUGCAACGAAAAUGGAAGAGAUUCUGUCACUUGUGAAACAAAUGCAGAAUGUGGAAAUUCUGGAGCCAAAAGUUGAAGAGCUAGUAAAAAGGAUCAAUAAACUGCAGCAAGCCAAGAAGAUAUUAAGUGAGGAGCUCUCUGAGGCAAAUGAGCAUAGCAAGACACUGCAAAGGGAACUGGAAAUAUUAAAUGCUGAGAAAUCAAGCCUUGAGGAAAUAUGGAGUGAAAUGAAAGGGACACGACAAAUUGUACAGCUGCACUGUGAAGAGACAGAAACAGAGAUGCAGAGGCAGCAGAAAAUGAACCUAGAGCGCAAGCAGCGAAUUGAAGAACUCACAGCCAAGAUCCAAGAAGAGAGAGUAAAGCAAAGAGACCAGAGACUGGAGUUUGAGCACCUACUUAAUGAGCUGAUGGAGAAGCACAAGAGUCUCUGGGAGCUUUAUGCUAGGGAGAAACCAGCAGUGGCUGACAUAAGAGAGAAGAAGGAGUGUUUGCUCAGUGAAGAAAAAAUGAUCCAGGAGAAACUGGCCCAUGCCCAAGAUGAAUUAGAUUUGAUUAGCCAGUCGGUCUUCAUUAAGGAGAGGAAGUUCCUGAAGAGCCAGGAGGCUGCAACAGCCUUGAAGUUAUUUCAAGAGGAAAAGAAGGCAGCAAAAGAAUACCUUGAAGCAGUCUCUAAGUACCAUUCUGAUCUGAAGCAAAGAUGUAGCAGCUUCCACUCUUUGGAAAGUGACACCUGUGACUCCAUUCACUAUGCCUCCUUGAAUCUCUAUGUUCCCAGUUACAUUGAUUCAUUCCACAGCUUCAGAAUGAUCCCAACAAGAUGUGGCUGUAGUCUGUAGCUUAUCACUUUUUCAGAUAUGGUAAGUUACUGAAGCACUCUAAUCUGUUUUAUUUCUUCCUAAGGAAGAAUGAACCAAAACACAUAGGGUAUUUUGUAGCCUUGUAACAGUACCCAUCAUAUCUCAAAUUUUGAGGCCGGGUAUCCUGUUUUUCUUC